AUGCCGUCGACCUACAAGAGGGAUAAGCCGUGGGAUACGGAUGAUAUCGACAAAUGGAAGAUCGACGAAUUCAAGCCGGAAGACAAUGUCGCCGGAAACUUCGUCGAGGAGUCCUCGUUCAUGACUCUCUUCCCGAAAUACCGCGAACAAUACCUGAAGGAAGCGUGGCCUGGAGUCACCAGAGCGUUGGAAAAAAUGGGUAUUGCCUGCACACUCGAUUUGGUGGAGGGCAGCAUGACGGUGAAAACAACCCGGAAGACCUACGACCCUGCCGCGAUCCUGAAGGCGCGCGAUCUGAUCAAGCUGCUUGCGCGAAGCGUUCCCGUUACUCAAGCCAUGAAAAUUCUUGAGGAUGGAGUGGCUUGCGACAUCAUCAAGAUUCGCAACCAGGUGCGGAGCAAGGAGCGAUUCGUGAAACGCCGACAGAGGAUCCUGGGCCCCAACGGCUCUACCCUCAAGGCUCUGGAACUUCUGACCAGCACAUAUAUCCUGGUGCAGGGAAACACGGUGUCAGUCAUGGGCCCCUUCAAGGGCCUGAAGGAGGUGCGACGGAUCGUGGACGACUGCAUGGCGAACAUCCACCCGAUCUAUUACAUCAAGGAACUGAUGAUUAAGCGCGAGCUGGCAAAAGAUCCCACGCUUGCCAACGAGUCAUGGGACCGAUUCCUGCCGAACUUCAAGAAGCGCACGCUUUCCAAGCGCCGUGUUCCUUUCAAGGUCACCGACAAGGCGAAGAAGGUGUACACCCCCUUCCCGCCUGCGCCCGAGAAGAGCAAGGUCGAUUUGCAGAUCGAGUCCGGCGAGUAUUUCCUUUCCAAGGAGGCCAAGGACCGCGCACACAAGGAGGAGGUGGUCGAGCGCCAGCGCGUGAAGCGCGAGGAGAAGAUGCGCGAACGGGAGAAGGAUUUCAUUGCGCCCGAAGAGCACACCCCUGCCGACAUCGACAGCGAGAAGAAGAAAAAGAAGGAGAAGAAAGAGAAGAAGGAGAAGAGCAAGCGCAAGCGCGAGGCCGAGGCCGAUGGAGAGGAUGCUGCCGAGCGCAAGGAGAAGAAGAAAAAGAAGAAGAGCAAGUCCAAGGAGGUGUCCUCCGACGCGGAGUAA